UCAAUUCGCCCAGUGUCCAGUAUGUUUUAAUAAUUUGAAUUUUCAACCUAAAAACUGAUUUUUUUAUCUUCUUAAAAUGUUAAUAAUUGAGCUAUAUGUGUGCAGUAGUUGGGAUGGAUUAACUUUCUUUAAGAAUUUUAUUUAAAUUAAGGAAAUUAAAGAAACACAUUAGUUUAGAUGCAAGGAAAUACGGAUCAACUGUGAACAUAUGAUAUAAUCCAAUGUGGCGAAUGUAAACGGUGUGCAUUUCUUACAUUAUGUCAAUAGGCAUAGAAGUAUAAAAUGGCUUUGAGAAAAUUCAAGUGGUUAAGGAAACAACAGCGAUACAAUGUCCUCCUGGUUGUAACAACUACGUUCAUAGUGUACACAUUCUUAUGGAAAUUUACAGUAAACAGUGGAGUGCAUGACAGUUUAAUUUAUAAACAGCCAAAGGUUUCCGGAAGCGGAAACAGUACAUAUCGUCACGUGAUUCCUUUGACAACCCAAGCUGUCAGCAAAAAACACACGGACAAAGGUCUGUGCGACCAAUGGUUUGAAGACUCGUUCAAGAAAAAUUUGGAACAUAUCGCCGGUUAUCCACGUGGACUGGCUGACAAAUACAUGUAUACCAUUGCCGAAAAUCGGACAGAACCAAAGACUAUAUUUAAAACAUUUCCGGUCGUUGCGACUGCGGCAAAUAGCGGGUUUUAUGGUAUCUCGCAGGGUUUGAUAAAAUCUGUAUAUGAGAAAUUGCUGCCAAAAUACAAAAAUAUCAAGAUAGUCUACUAUGACAUGGGACUCAAUCCUAACCAAAGAAAGCAGUUGGAGACCCACUGCAAAAUUUGUGAAGUGAGGAGUUUUCCAUUUGAAAAAUUCCCCGCACAUUUUAAAAGACUGAAAACUUAUGCUUGGAAACCUAUAAUAGUAAAGACUUUAUUGAUGGAAUAUGGCUGGGUAUGGUGGGCGGACAGUUCCGUACGUUUCGUCACAAGUGACGUCGAUCGCGCGUUGACCUAUAGUAAAGACAAUUCAAUUUUAUUCUUUACUUACGGUGUAGUGUUUUCAGUUGCUCAACACACUGAUGUCCAGACAAUGGAGUACCUGAAAGAAGAUCGAUGUAAAUUCCGCCAUUUUGGGGAAGUUGAGGCAACAUUUGUGCUGUUUCAUUUUGAUGACGUCACACAUACUAUAGUAGACACGUGGGCUGCGUGCGCAGUUAAUGAAAACUGUAUAGCUCCUCAAGGCACAAAUCGGAAGUUAUCUUGUCGAAUAAGCAACAAAUCUGAUGGCAGGUGUCACAGAUUUGAUCAGGCAGUUUUAAGCAUUUUACUACGUAGACUGUAUCAUGCGAAAAAUGAUUACCCUCUAGUUUCAACACCAUUUCAUAUCCACGAAAUAAAACGCGGCAAUGCUAUAUCAUAUUUCCCGGAAUGAAUAUGUCUGAAUAUUCUCGCUUAUGAUAAAAUUUAGAGUGAUGGUGUUUGUGAACAAAUACAAGAAGAGCCUCCAAAUUUUAAUAUCGCUAUUGCAUGCUAUCGGUAUUACAUUAAAAUUUGAAUAAAUGAUGAGUGAUUAAAGAAUACUAUGUAUUGGUCACAGGGGGAUAUUUUCAGUUUAAAUUCUUACAUGUGAGUAUCGUUCAAAUCAAAGUUUUAAUUUUUGAGAACAGUUUCGAACAAAUAUUGAGUUUUAUAAAUCAUUAUUAUAAAGAUAGUAUGUUUACGUAAAAAAAGCAAGCACAAGACGAAAUGAUCUGUUUACAUUUGUAGUUAAACUUAUUUAUUGUAUAUUUUGUUACCAUUUGUAUAAAAUUGUGAAAUACUGAUUGCCGAAUGCCGAGAGAAGUUUUAAAAAAGCUUACUCAAUCAGUAAAAUUUAUUUUAUGUACUUCAUUAUAUAAAUGAAAAAAUAAAAAUAAAAAUAUUGUUGAAACUAGCUAACAAAUUACUAAAGAGAAUGUGUCCUAACAUAUUCUAUCAAUCUGAUAAAAAUCAGCUCCUUAGUAACGCUACGCACUAGGAUCUCCGACCACCAAUUGGUUGUCACCUUCUCGUGACUUUUAAAACAGCCAAUCAUCAGCGAGCUUUCACAAUUUCGGAAAGAGAUGCGGUUUCUUAUUUUAACCGCUGUAAAUUUAAUACUGAGAAUGUAUAUUUCAAGAUUUCGAGAACAAACAUGGCGUUAUAGCCGGCAAGAAAACUGGCAAAACAAUCUUACGUCAUUAAGAAUUCUAUAGUUUCCAGUUUGUUUGUUUCUUAUUACUUCAAACAUUUUUUAAACAAAAAAUGAACAAUUUGAUUUUAUUCCACAGACAACAAUAUUUUGAUACUUCGUCUUAUGCCUAUCUGUAAAGAACAGUUUGAUUUGAUGGCUAAAAAUAGCCUUUUUCGGGAAAUACGAAUCGCCGAAUAGGUAGCAGUCAGAUCUUGCAACAUGCAAGAAAUAACGACAAAAGAUUUGAAUUUUAGUCAGAUGGCAUAUAUUAUGAAACAUAGAUCAACUACGGAAAAGUGUACGCGGAUGUCAUAAAUAAAACAUCCCUUCAUCUUUUAUUUUACACUUUUUGCUUCAAAGUUGUGAUUCGGUAUUUCAUAUGCACCGCAUCCGUUUUUACUCGAAACACCUUAACGAAAAGUUGCUGUUAUCAAUUAUCUUGAGUUACAUAAAAAAUGGCUGCGCCCAACUAGAAAUGACAUUGAACAUUUCAUUGAUAGGUAUAGAAAUCUUUAAUGGUUUUUAUUUGAUGUCCUUUUUCAUAUACAAGUGUAGUCUAUAACCAAGCAAUAGUCCAAUGAUUUUAGAUGAAAUGAUAGUCACAAUAUUCGUACACAUUUACAUACAAAGUGCAGAAUAUGUCCGAGUU